GCCGUCAGGUUAAGUGCACCUACCUGACACUUCCUGCUGUCGUCGUUAUGGGUUUUUCCUUUCAUGCGCGUGGAUGACGUUUCUUACAUAUAUAUCACUGCCAUGUUUGUAUGCCUUCAUCAGAUGUAUUCAAUUAGAAUUUCCACGUCCUCCGGCUGAAGCGCUGCGACCUUGGGUAUUAACUCACAUUUGGAGGAAUAUUGGUUGCGGGGUAGUUUAGCCUGCAUACGAUAGGCCUACUACAAAGAUUGGAUUGUGAUUUGGUGGUUGGAGUUUUUAUUUUCGUUUACGUUACCCAGUAGAUACAGCAGUGAGACGCAACAGCGAGGGACUGACCCUCGUAUUUGUAGAGUGCUACAGACGUUGAACCUGCCCAACAUUGAACCUGCCCAACAUUGAACCUGCCCAACAUUGAACCUGCCCAACAUUGAACCUGCCCAACAUUGAACCUGCCCAACAUUGAACCUGCCCAACAUUGAACCUGCCCAACAAUCAGUGUAUACCAUGUUCAACCUGGCAUUCAACCUAUCAUCUCUGGCUAAUGUCCAAGCUCUCUGAAAUAUGGAUGAGAGGUCAUGUGUGCUGUCCAGCUAAGGGCCUUGGUCGCCCCCCCCUCCCCCGCUGCACGUCGUCGUGAGCAUGUACCGUAGGAACGGUCUCUCGGAUGGCGCCAGCAUUAACUCCGCCUCCUCAGUGGGAAGCAGCAGCUCGGACUCUCUGGAUGGGCCGGGCUUGGAUUUCUCCAAGAGUUACGAUGCCGUUGUGUUUGACGUGCUGAAGGUGACGCCCGAGGAGUUUGCUGGUCAAAUCACAUUGAUGGAUGCUCCAGUAUUCAAGGCAAUACAUCCAGAGGAGCUGGCUAGCUGUGGAUGGAACAGGAAGGAGAAACACCGGCUGGCGCCCAACGUGGUUGCGUUUACACGGAGGUUUAACCAGGUUAGCUUUUGGCUGGUGAGAGAAAUUUUGACUGCCCAAACACUGAAGAUCCGAGCAGAAAUACUGAGCCAUUUUGUUAAAAUAGCCAAGAAACUGUUGGAGCUGAAUAACCUUCACUCCAUGGUGUCUGUGGUGUCUGCCCUGCAGAGUGCUCCCAUCUUCAGGCUGAGCAAGACCUGGGCGCUGAUCAGCCGGAAGGACAAGACCACGUUUGAGAAGCUGGACUUCUUGACAUCCAAAGAGGACAACUACACGCGCAUGAGGGAGUACAUCCGUUCUCUCAAGAUAACACCAUGCAUCCCCUACCUGGGCAUCUACCUAUUGGACAUGAUCUACAUCGACUCGGCCUAUCCGGCAUCGGAUAGCAUCAUCGAGACAGAGCAGAGGACCAAUCAGAUGAACAAUUUGCUGAGGGUGAUCUCUGACCUGCAGAUGUCCUGUAAAUAUGAUCACCUGGUGACCCUCCCCCAUGUUCAGAAGUAUUUAAUGUCCGUGCGCUAUAUCGAGGAGCUUCAGAAGUUCGUAGAGGACGACAACUUCAAGCUUUCUCUGAAGAUCGAACCUAUGCACGGCUCCCCGCGCAUGGCCUCAUCCAAGGAAGACCUAGCAGGUCCGUCUGAUGUGUCUGCCUCUGUGAGGUACAACUACCGGAGACCCACCUGUCCCGACGCCUCGGUGAUGGUGCACAUGCCCACGCCUCCCCCCUCUCGCCACAGGAAGAGCCAUAGCCUGGGCAACAAUAUGAUGGCGUACGGCAUGGUGGAGAGUAAGAGCGCCACGUUCCCCAUUGAGAAGCCACGCCACCUGUUGGAUGACAGCUUCCUGGAGUCCCAGAGCCCAGCUCGAAAUGACCCACAUAGCAUGGCCAUAUCUAACGGCAUGUCUUUAGGCAGCAGUGAAAGCUCAUUCGGCGAGGAACUCUCACCAGGGAUGGAAAGGGGACGCAUGUAUGCCACACUGGGCCCCAACUGGAAGGUCCCUCUACGUAAUUCACCUCGGAGCCACAGCUAUGUUUACAGCCCCUCGGGUGCCAACCCGUGCCACGGGUGCAGCGAGGUGGGCAGUGUUACUAUCGAGGGGCCCCUUCGGAGGAAGACACUGCUGAAAGAGGGCCGAAAACCCAAGUUGUCAUCGUGGACACGCUUUUGGAUAACUCUGUCUGGUUCGACGCUGACGUUCUACGGGGCCAAAGCCUUGAGGGCCUCCGAGAGGAAGCAUUACAAAUCUUCAGCCUGUAAGAAGGUGUGUGUAACGGGCUGGAUGGUUGUCCUGCCUGACGACCCGGCUCGACCGAACAUCUUCCACCUCAACGACCCGGAUAAAGGUAAUGUUUACAAGUUCCAGACGGGAUCCAGAUUCUCUGCAAUCAUCUGGCACAAAAACCUGGAAGAGGCUUGCAGGAGCUGUAGACCUCAGAUACCAACCAACCUAAUGUCAUUUGAGUAAUGGACAACCAGUCAGCUUGCCCAGUGGGGAGUUAGUGCCAAGCCCUUUUCUAUGGGAGUCUAACAAACUCUGAUAAAAUGGUGGAACGGAGGAAUUGGUUGGAAUCCUAUGAAAUGAGUGGUGAGGAAGUGUAGAAGUGUGUGUGUGUCUGAUUCUACAGACUGGGGCAGAUGCUCUUUACCACUGGGGACACACACACACACACAGCAGCGUUUUAGCCAAGGACUACGUGCGAUGUCUCUCUUUCCAGAGAAAGGAAAACAAAUAUGUAAAGCCCCUGUUUCGUGUCAAAGCUUUCUCGCUUGUCGUCGUUUGUUCCGCUGCUAUAAACGUUCUGAGCAAGCUCAUAUUUCUUUGGCCCAUGUUGGGUUUUGCUUAGAAGAAAGGAUUUUAAAAAAUACCUGUAAAUGCACAAAGUGUUAAGAGACUGUGAUAAGGGGGCUCGGGGACCAGUGACUUGGGCCCUUGGAGUAUCAGCACUGCCAUGGCCCCCUAACUAUUUGAGCCAAUGUUUCAGACCACUGUUGACUGGACACUUUGCAAAACACACGCUAGAUUGAUGCUCAUUGUCGACCCUGGUCCCUGCGUCAGGCAGCGGACUGAUACUCAUCGUCGACCCUGGUCCUUGCAUCAGGCAGUGGACUGAUACUCAUCGUCGACCCUGGUCCUUGCGUCAGGCAGUGGACUGAUACUCAUCGUCGACCCUGGUCCUUGCGUCAGGCAGCGGACUGAUGCUCAUCGUCGACCCUGGUCCUUGCGUCAGGCAGCGGACUGAUGCUCAUCGUCGACCCUGGUCCUUGCGUCAGGCAGCGGACUGAUACUCAUCGUCGACCCUGGUCCUUGCAUCAGGCAGUGGACUUUACAGCAGAAGUCAUGACUCAUUGAGUUUUCAAAUAAGGGAGAAAGGACUUGGCUUUCUGAACAACUAGUUAUUUAACAUACAAAGGCUCAGUCAAACCUGAACCACCCCCUGCUCAGCCAAACCUGAACCACCCCCUGCUCAGUCAAACCACACUAUUUAUUAUAGCCAUACAAACAAUGUCUGCCAAUUUUUUUUUACUCCAAGUAGGUUGAGCAAGAAAAGCCUUUAUCACCAUUCGUCAUCUCAUCUGAACCAAUAAAGACUUUUCUACCAAUCAGAAAUGAAACAAACACACAGGAAGAAAAAAACGAAAAAAACUUAUGUUGCACUUUUUGUCAUAACAUUUUAAGUUUGAUUCACAACUUUAUUGUCCAUCAAAGGGGAAAUGUAUUUGGUCACUUGCAAUGACAUUCAUCAUCAUCAUCAUCAUCAUAGAAAAGACAUCACAGAUUUUUUUUUUUUUCAUUUUUUCCCUCUACUUGUAUACGAACCAGCUUGAAGCUUCACUACCAGAUAAAGGCUUUAGAGAAGGGUCAAGAAGACACUAGAGGGCCUCAGUUCUCUUGUGAUAUUAAUCUGCUUGAGAUUUCAGACAGUGGGAUUCAGCACCAUCACUGAGUUAAUUGUACAUAUUUAAAAAAAUAUAUAUAUAUAUUUUCGUAUUUAUUUUCUCUUUAGUUGUCAAUGGGAAAUGAUGGUAUGAUUUCAAGGGGGACAGUUCACCCACAUUACAAAAUGACACCCUGUGAAUAAGUUAUGACAGCAAUCAAUGCUCUGGUUUAGUUCCCUUGGAACGGUUUUCACAUGCUAACGAUUUAGCAGUUGUGGCACAAAUCCCAUUCAAGUCAUUGGACCGAUAUUAGCAUUUUUAGCACAUAAUUUCCAAAUUAUCCAAAAGUAUCUCAAAUUGUUUGUGAAGCUCAGAAAAAAAGUAACUUAUUGAUGAUUUUGAAGAUGAUGUACAGAAAAUGCUAAU